GCUCCUCCUCUCGCAAACCCCGAGUUCUCAACACCUCCGCCGGAAAACACAGGGGAGGAAGCGCCGGCCACGCACAAAACAGGUGGCCCAGCGCCCACACAGAACUCUUCUGGGAGAAAGAAUGAUCAAGAUGGGAAAUGGGGAUUAAACAACUCUGGCUGUAGAGUCCUGAUGCACACGAAGGGAAGAGAGCCCAGGGAUGGGACUUCUGGGACCAGGAGCUUGUCCUCUCAGAGCCUGGAACCCAACGACAUUGCUCAAGUUGUACUUCUGAAACAAAGGACUGUGAUGGCACCAAAGGGGAACCGUAUCAAUGACUUUCAGCAUCCUAGGGAGGCACCACCUCCUUAUUACUCUCCUGGAGCAGGAGUGCCAACAUCACCCAAGGUAUAUUCCCUGUACAUCCAGGUCCCACCAACGAGCCAAGCAAGCAUGUUCACUGGCCUACCUAGGGUGACAACUUCCAUACCAGUGCAUACCAUAUGUCCCUACUGUGGGAACCACAUCAUCACGGUGACAACCCCUGUCCCAGGCAUCCUCACCUGGCUGCUGUGCAGUGGCCUCUUUCUAUUUGGGUGCUUCCUGGGCUGCUGCCUCCUCCCCUUCUGCAUGCGGAGCCUCAUGGACGUGAGACACUCCUGUCCCGUGUGCCACCAGCAGCUCUUCUACUACCGCCGCCUGUGACCUGCACAAUAAACAGCAAUAAAGUACCUCAGUGUCCAGCAGCCUGUGGCUGACAAAGACAAGGUGAUGCUGCUAACAUGGACACGAACUCAC